CUUAAAAAUCAGACCCAAAAUUCGCCCUCAGGUUGAUUAUACCACGAUUUUCGUUCAAUUAAAACUAGUUCGUUUUAGUCACUAUCAAUGCAGGGAUGAUGUAUGCCAUGUCGCCGUUUGUUAUACCUACUGGGCAAUUCUGCAUCACAGACGAGUCCAUUCUGAAGUACUGCGAGUGGGGAUGCUGUUCUGAACAUGGCAUCGACAAGUGCUGCGAGUUCACAAGCGUCAGUGAGAUUGCAGGAGCUGUGAUCGGAGGUGUUGGUCUCCUCGCCAUCAUCGGCGCCAUUGUCGUCUGCUGUCUUUGCUGCGUGUGCAGACAAAGGGUCACGCAUGGGCAUGUUAUCAGAACAACAGUUUCAGCAUGUGCUCAAAACUACAUCUUUCCGAGGACCGAACUUGCAAACUGCCCGCCACUCUACCCACUGCAUACCUCUAUCAUGGCACCUGGGGUAACUAUGGGGACUACGAUACCAUGGCAACCACCCUCGUAUGAAGAGGCAACCAAGCUGUCCAGCGAUAUGCUGAUUGUUCAUUUGUAAGCAAUCUCUUAAAAACUGUUAAUGUCAUUUCAUUAUACAGCGACGAAAAAUGUGUGAAUACAAGUGAAAUAAGUGCAAGAGCUAAUAUAUCAUAUUAUAAAUGGAAGGAUAAGUGUUCUGCUAUUAACAUAAAGUAAACCAAUUAUAGAGUGUUAUCAACAUGUUGUCAUAACUUCAAAUGUUAAUUGGUGUCAAAUGAAUUGCAAUAAAUGUGAAUCAUUUC